GAAUUUAUUUCCCUAGAAUUCAUACAUCAGUAUAGAACCCAUUAUAUCCCCUACAAUCCAUUCAGCUUUGAUAGCUCUAGUAGCCACCUGGUCGUGCGUGCUCCAACUCGGUGGCAACUCAUAACUUCAGCUUCGAACACUUCUAGACCAUUUUGCUCAAUUCCCACAGAACCCUCUACCUUGGUUCUACCUUCCUUAAUAAUUCACCAUUCACAAUGAGCUACAUGGACGUUGAUUCCGAAAACAUCUUGGCCACCUUGCGGAUGGCGGCGGACGCCGAGUUGGCGGGCCUCUUCUACACCUUGGAGGACCUUUACGAGCGCAAGUUGUGGCACCAGUUGUCCAACACCUUGGCAGAGUUGUACGCCGACCCAAAAUCCAGAGGGAUUCGUUUGCGCGUGUACAACCGCUUUGUCUCGAACUUUGCCGCCAAAAUCAACCAGCUCCAGUUGGUGCGCUUCUUGCUCGCCUCGCUCGACGAGUGCAACGGCUUGGAAGAGGCAUUGGAGUACCUCACCACGUUGAAGAAGAACAUUGCGAAGGAGGAGCAACAGGCACUUCUCUUUGUGGACAUCCAGAUUGCGCGCUUCCAGUUAAAAGCCGGGCAGACCGAUUCCGCGAAGGAGAUCUUGAAGACCGUAGGCGACGAUAUUGACCGUUUGGACUCUUUGGACAACCGAAUCAACGCCGCCUAUUAUCACACGAGCGCGGAGGUGCACAAGUUGAGCGCGGACCAUACCGCGUUUUACCGCACCUCGUUGCUCUAUCUCGCAUGCAUCGAUGCCACAGAAUUGAGCUCGGCGGAGAAGCAGACAAUUGCGUACGACAUCGGCGUGAGCGCGUUGCUCGGCGACCGUAUCUACACGUUCGGUGAGUUAUUGACCCACGACAUUCUCCGCAGCUUGGAUGACACCGCGUUUGCGUGGGUGACGGAGUUGUUGUUUGCGUUGAACGCGGGGGAUUUGGCGCGCUUCGACGCGUUGCUCGCGGCGCACAAGAGCACGGCACCGGUUUUAGCGGCGCAGGAGCCGUUCCUCAGACAGAAAAUCUGCAUCAUGGCGUUGGUGGAGCUUGUCUUUUCCAAGCCAUCGAACGGGCGCACCUUGGCGUUUUCCGAGAUCUCGGCCGCCACGUCCUUGGACCUCGACGAAGUAGAGCACUUGGUGAUGAAGGCGUUGAGUUUGGGACUCAUCCGGGGGCAUAUCAACGAGGUUGACGGGGUGGUAGCCGUUAGGUGGGUCCAGCCGCGUGUCAUGAACAAGGACCAGAUCCAGGGAAUGCAUGCCAAGUUAGUUGCCUGGGACGACAGUGUCCGCCAGUUGAGCGAGAUGAUCCAUGCCAACGGCCAGGAGAUCUGGACGAGUGUUUAGUGUAAUAGAAUGGUAGUGAAG